AUUGAAGAUAACCUACUGCGUAUAUAAGAUUACUGAAAUAGCACUACUAGAUAUAGUUGACUCGUUGGAUUGAUACAGGCAGCGAAACAGAGAGCUACGUAACUCAACUCAGUACGAAUUCUACGGAACACAUUCCACUAACAUCUUGACAAACAACGAAUGAGUCGAUGAGAAAUUGUGAGAUAUUACUAAGAAAAUAAGAUAUUUUGUAACCGCAAAUACGGAGAUUAAAUUGAAUAAAAUUGUAUCCCGACACAAAACAUCAAUCCACUCACAGGGAAUGCCUUACACUUAAAGACAAAGAUCUUAGUUCAGUAUCUAAAUGUAUAAGGAUAUUCCAUCAUUUCAUUUUCUACUUGCACAGAGAAGAGAGGUCUCAGAAUAGCGGAGUAGAUCCAGAAAAUAUACUGACGGUUCGGAUGGCUGAACAUUCAAUUUUUCCCAAUGUCAUCUGAGGAGUGGGAUUCUAAUCGAACAUUGUCAGGUCGGAUUACCACAGCCCCUAAUCAAUGAUGUAACUGUUUGACUCAAAUCACUGAUGAUGGAAAAGGGCGAGUUGAAACAUCAAGGCCUAUCUGUCGUAACGUUUUGCUACACAUUGGCUAUGAUUGCUGCUGGAAGUGUCCCUGAUCACAGAGGGACCCACUUUGUGAUCGGUUUCAUGGACUCCUCCAGUACCAUUCCGCUGAAACUAACCCUCAUGCCUCGGACAACAUCGACAGUCAGUGUUAACAUAACAACACCAUUGAUGACCCCAGUGUUUAGCCGCCAGAUAGAGCUAACAGGUGGUAACGCAACUGCAAUUGAGAUACCAGGAAAUGUGAACCUAAGAAUGAACGCCAAUUCUAUAGAAAAUAAAGGUUUGUACAUAGAAGCUUCUAGUGAGAUAGUAAUAUAUGGUUUGAAUGCCGCCAACUCCAGCAACGAUCCCUUUCUUGCCCUCCCAAACGAUUUCAUUGGCUCGGACUACUAUGCAGUGACCCCCGAGUAUACAAUGGUGGACAGCUUUUCACAAAUAGGAAUAAUUAGCACAAAUGUAGGCACCACGAACAUAACCAUCACACUCCCUAAUGCACACCCCCUCGAGGUGGAAUUCAAAGGGAAAUCCUACAAACAAGGGGACAGAAUACAAGCACAGCUCAAUCAAUUUCAGACUCUUCAGUUAACUAGUGACUCUGAUUUAACAGGUUGUCGAAUUGUCUCUUCAACACCUGUAUCGCUAAUAGCAGGAUGUGUUAGCCAUAUAGAUAAAUAUAGCAACGGAACAAUCUAUACUCAGCAUAUUGUUGAACAACUGUACCCGGUAUCGGUAUGGGGAAAACACUUUGCUGCUAUACCAUUUUCCAAUACUGCUGAUUUAUUUCGAAUUGUAUCAAAACAAUCGUCUACAACUGUAAAAAUGGCACUAAAGAGUAGGAAUACAUUGAAGAUAUUAGGGGAGUCACAGUUCACCGAGCUCAAUAUAUCGUGCAGUGGAGACAUUUACAUAGUUAUAGAAUCGUCACAUCCUAUAAUGGUUAUCCAGUAUUCCAAUAUAGGGGACGCCACACAAUGUUAUAUGGUGUCAGUGCCACCUAUCGAACGUUCUGUGAACUACUAUUCAUUCAGUGCCCGGAUGAUGGGACACAAUGUACUUAUGCCAAGUACAGUGAAUAUCAUAAUUGACUCUAGUUACACUGAGGGUAUACGUGUAGAUGGUUCUGGUAUACCCCGUAAUUCCUGGGUUAUGAUGAACAACUCGGGGUCAGGACCAACAUACAGUGCAGUACAAGUAAACAUUAACCGAACUGGCUUGCAUGAUUUGAAACAUUCAGCUUCAGACGUCGACUUUAUGGCCAUAUCAAACGGCCUCCCCCUGGGCAUUCUGGGGGAGACGGUGUGCGAUUCCACAUGUCAAAAAGGUGGAAGCGCCACCGCAGCACCAGCAAGCGAGGGAUUACACCCAGGUGUACUAGCCAUCAUUAUAUCACUCUGUUGCGCAGUGUUUCUAGUCGUAGCUUGCAUACUGGCUUUUGUCAUCGUAGAGGUGACUUGUAGGAGAGAUGGAAAUUCAAAGGUCAUGCCGUUCAUAGGAUGACUAACCGACAUGGUGGCAUGCACCAGGUCACUAAGGAUAGGUACUUACUAUGGACAGGACGAACAAAUUAUGACGAGUCGGGUGUAAAUUCAUGAAUAUAUAAGAACUAGUUGGUUGUGAUAACAUGAAUAAAUCACUCCAAAUUAUUAGUUGGUUGUGAUAAUAUAAACAAAAGAUUAUGACAAGUUGAUUGCGAUUAUGUGAGCAAAUUAUGACUAUGCUGGCUCUGAUUACAAGAACACAUCAUGCAUAGUUGGUAUGGCUACGCUGACAAAUUAUGACUAGUUGGUAUGGCUACGCUGACAAAUUAUGACUAGUUGGUAUAGCUACGCUGACAAAUUAUGACUAGUUGGUAUAGCUACACUGACAAAUUAUGACUAGUUGGUAUAGCUACACUGACAAAUUAUGACUAGUUGGUAUAGCUACACUGAUGAAUUAUGAAUCGUUG